AUGCCAAACAUACCUUAUCAUGUACUUGAACAAUGGGCCAAUCGCUCCAAGCAGUGGCCAUCAGCACAUGUUAUUGAAAUGGUACGAAAAUCAGUGUGCCAUUUAGUACCUAAACGCUGGCUCGGAAUUAACGAAGGUGAAGAAGAUUCGUUAACAUGGCGUCUAUCGCUAAGCUUUGCAGAAGUGCUGUUGACGGACUCAUGGAACGAACAGGAAAAAAAUUUUUAUCGAUUGUUGAAGUCGUUCAUCCAAGAAUUAGCACCAGAUACUAUAUCGUCGCAUCAUAUUAAAACAUUUCUCUUUACGUAUAUGGAAGGUAAUUAUCUCCAAAUGCAAGAAGCACAAGAACAAGCGGAUUUAUUCUUACAUAUCGUACAAUGUUUGUCACUUGCUUUGAAAACUAAAAGCAUGUCAAAUUAUUUUAUAUCUGAUAUCGACAUGCUGCGAUUAAUACCCGAAGAAAAAUGUAUGUUUUUAGCUGAAAAAUUGGAUGAAUUUCAUGCAAAGCCAGUUGAAACAAUAAAACAAAUGAAAACGAAUUUUCAACUAUUAGUCAGAUGGUCUCGUGUGAAAACCCCUCUAGUAGAUGACUAUUCUAAAACUCAAAUUUAUAUAUGGCAUCUCAGAUCACUAUUGUUCUUAGCAGUAAAAGAACGUGAUCAUAUCCGACUGCAGCGUUUUCAGCAUAUCGUGAACUUAUCGAAUAAAUAUUUCCAUACAUCAUCAAAUGACACCAUAUCCAACGUCGAAGAGCUGUUAUUUACCUGGUUAAAUGUGACAGUUACACCGAAAUUGCGAAAAAGUUUACCGACAUGUUUCGAACAAGAAGGCCACUAUCCAAUUCAAAGAUAUGAUAAUAGGAAACUCUUUUGGUUAACAUAUAAUAUUUGGGAACCAAUUGUAUUGAUGUUUAAUAUGAGUGACAUGUAUUUUGACGAAGAAUAUGAACAAGACAGUGACGAUGAGAAUGACACCAACACAAGUGACAUUGUUGUGAUUCCAUUUUUAAAAUUAAAUGGAGUAGCAACCAAUAAACGCGAUUAUAAUUAUAUACCGAUUGAAAAAUAUCAUCUCCAGAACAUUUUCGAAGUUUUUCUUACAAUGCUCUGCGUACCAUUGCUGGAUUUACCAACGUGUACUGAUAUUCAAUACCUGAUCGACCGAUUUCGUGGUAUAGGUAUAAAAAACGACUUGUUAGCAAAUGCAUUCUAUGAUGCAGCACUGGAGAAAUCGAUCGUUGUUUUCAAACUGAAACAGAAUUUAUAUGCUUUAGAAAAAAAUGAUCCUAUUUGUGUUACUAUAAAUAUAGAGCAGAAAUCUUUUGCAGAAGAUCGUCAUAAUCAAUGUUCAGAACAAUUGAAAAAUUUAUUUUGUCGCGCACUAGAAUUAUCAGAGACGCGAACGUUGGAAAUCAAUGUCAAUAUGUGUUAUACUUAUUACUUUCUUUUCGGUUAUUAUGAUCAAGCUAUUGACAAAAUAAAAACAAUUAUUCAAGUUUACACGAUGAACGAAGAAGAAAAUGGUCAAUAUACAACAUUAUCAACGAUAGAAUUUUCCGAAGCGUCUGAAAAGUGCCCAAUCUUGUGGUAUCUCUCUAAAAAGCUAGACAAGUCUGAGUUCGUUGUUCCAUCGAUUGUUCUUGCCUUCUAUACACUUUUUCAAUCGUAUCGUAUGAUUGACCAGUGGGAUAAUGGGCAAGACUACAUUGAACAAUUUCAGCGUGUAUGUGCACAAUUAGAGACUGCAUCGUUUAUGUGUUUGGCUUUAAUGAAUGAAGCAACUUAUAUACUACUUGAGUUUCCAGAAAUCGCGCAUGAAUUAACCAAUGAGUUACUCUCAUUGUGUGGUAUACGCUGUCUGGUUUGCUUUUCUGAUGAUAACUCUUCUUCAGAUCUUGAUUUAACACUUGACUUACCGUAUGCUUUGUCGGAGUGUGGUGACGACAAUCAAUUAAUUCACAUCACAUCGAAAUCAGUUAAACAACUGCCAUCGAUGUUGGUCAUUCGUCAUGGCUAUGACUGCUAUAAAAUGCGUCCAUGGUUAGUUAAUUCAAUAACAAUUUUGGAUGAAUUACAAAAAUGGAUGAGUCGUUUACCAUCUUCAGAUUUUAUUCUUGACUAA